AUGGAGGGGGUUAGCGGCAGCCCCGGCUUCGGGGGCGGCUUCCAGCCACCGAUCCGGGACGAGGACCGGGGGCCACCCCCGUCCGCCCCUCCCCUGCUCCUGUCGGUCAUCCCCGGGGGGUUCAUCAAGCAGCUCGUGCGGGAGACGGAGAAGGAGGCCAAGGCGGCGAAACUGAAGAAGGAAACCAAGGCGAGCGCGAAAGAGGAGGUGAGCACGGCUGCCCCCAAACCAGCGGAGACCCCUGGCCCGGAGGCUCCCAAGGCAGCCAAGCUGUCCUGCCUGGAGAAGAGCCCCAGGGACCUCGGCCUGGGGGGCAGCCCCACGGCUCCAGCCCCCGCACCCAGCCAGUGCCUCCAGCACUGCAGCAAAGUCCCAGCGAAGGAGGGGGACGCACCCAAGGGGACAGGCCCCGAGAGCACCAAGAAGGAGAAGGGGGCACCCCUGAGCCACGAAAAGAACCCAGCCAAGGCGAGCGGCAAGGGGCCGGCCGGGAAAGAGCCAGAGAAGAUGAAGAAAGAUGUUGGAGGUGGCAAGAAGGAGCUGAGGGAGAUCAAAAAGCCUGGAAAAACUACGGACAAGUCAGAGGGGCCCAAGGGGGAGCUUGGAGGGACCCAAGAAAAGUCAGAAGAUGUGGCCAAGGAGGUGGGGAAGGUGAAGGAAGAGCCGGGAGAGGGUAAAGAGGCGCCAGGAGAGAGCAAAGAAGAGAUGGGCGAGGACAUGGACAAGGACCAGGCUCCGAGGGACGUUUGGUACGAAGCGGAGAAGGUCUGGCUUGUCCAGCAGGAUGGAUUCACACUCGACAAUCUGGAGCAGGCGUUCAAGGGGAAGCGGGACAGCAUGCCCCCGCACAUCUUCUCGGUGGCACAGAGAGCCUACAGGAACCUGCUGAUGCAGCGGCAGGAUCAGGCCAUCGUGCCCCUGGGGCGCAGCGGGGCUGGGAAGACCACGUGCUGCCAGAGCGCCCUGGAGUACCUGGUGGGAAUGGCAGGCAGCGUGGAUGGCAAGGUCUCAGUGGAGAAGAUCCAGGCGAUGUUCACAGUCCUGGGAGCCUUUGGGUCAGUGACCACCGGCCACAGCAGCAGCUCCACGCGCUUCUCCAUGGUCCUGUCUCUGGAUUUCAGCGCCACCGGCCGGAUAACCGCUGCCCACCUCCAGACCAUGCUGCUGGAGAAGGGCCGCGUCGCCCUGCAGCCCCACGGAGAGAGCAGCUUCAACAUCUUCCCCCUGAUGCUGGCGGGGCUGGCUGCGGCGCAGAGGACGACGCUGCACUUGCACCAGGCGGCUGAGAGCAAUUCCUUCGGGAUCCAGCCCUUCUCGAAGCCCGAGGAGAAGCAGAAAGCCUCGGCGGCUUUUGCCCAGCUCCGGGCUGCCCUGGGCACGCUGGGCAUCACGGCGGAGGAGCAGGCGGCCAUCUGGCGCAUCUUGGCUGGCAUCUACCACCUGGGAGCCGCCGGGGCCUGUAAAGUUGGCAGGAAGCAGUUCAUGAAGUUCGAGUGUGCAAGCAACGCCGGGGAGGUGCUGGGCUGCGACCUGGAGGAGCUCACCACCGCUGCCUUCAAGCACCACCUGAAGCAGAUCCUGGCACAGGUCACGGCACGCGGCAGCCGGCCGCCCCCGGCGGAGGAGAGCCCGGCAGGGCCGAAGAUGACGGGUGUGGAGUGCGUGGAGGGGAUGGCUUCGGGUCUCUACGAAGAGCUCUUCGCUGCCGUCGUCUCGCUGAUCAACAGGUCUUUCUCCUCCCAGCACCUCUCCAUGGCCUCCAUCGCCGUGGUGGACACUCCGGGCUUCCACAACCCCCGGCACUGGCGGGGCGAGCGGGCGGCAACUUUUGAAGAGCUCUGCCACAACUACAUGCACGAGCGGUUGCAGGCCCUUUUCUACGAGAAAACCUUUGUUUCGGAAAUGGAGAGGUACAGAGAGGAAAAUGUUGAGGUGUCUUUUGAUCUUCCAGAGUGCUCGCCACUGGCCACGCUGUCCCUCAUCGACCUGAGCUGCUCGCAGGUACCCGUNCUGCCCGGCAGCCCGGGGGCCGAUGGCAGGGGGCUGCUGUGGAUCCUGGAUGAAGAGGUGCUGAUCCCAGGCUCCGGGGACAGUGCUGCCUUCGACCGCCUGUGCUCCUACUUUGCCACCAAGGGACCUGACCAGGAGGGGGACGGCUGCCUGCGAAGGUGUGAGCAGGCGCUGCACUUCGAGAUCGCCCACCAGCUGGGCACGGACCCCGUGCGCUACGACAUGACGGGCUGGGUCAGCAAAGCCAAGCUCAACCUCUCGGCACAAAACGCCAUCCAGGUGCUGCAGCGGUCCAGGGUGUAAGUACGAGAGGGGGCCGUCCUGCACCGCAACGCCUGUGUGAGGAAGACCUUCGCCGGCAGCUUCGCAGCUGUGAAGAAGAGGUCGGUGUGCGCUCAGCUCAAACUGCAGGCG